CAGAAGUGGACUACAAUGAUGUCUCACAUUGUCGCAGUAUGGAAGUGCUGGGCCUCUAUCCACAUAUCUUCAUACUCUUUGAAAUUCAUCAAUAAUUCCUUAUAUAUGAAGUUUUUUUUUUUUAUGUUAAUGGUCUCGUUAAGCACAUAAUGACUUGUGUCGUAUUGAUGAACAUACUUUGCAUAAUGUUGAACUGUCCUUUGAAUGUUCAGUGUGGGGUUUAGUGGCAUCACGCUGCAGAUGACCUCUGGCCUCACCGAGCAUGCGGCAGAAACAUGUGAGAAGCCAGUUUUUGGUACCUCUGCUUCAGUAUUCAAAGGUAAAAAUCCGGCUCCAGUCCUUCACCUGAAAGAGUCGGAUCUCUGAAGCGGCUCGUUCGCGGACGGCCCAUCAAGGAAGACGCGUCAGGAGGCGGCUGCAGUGUGUGUGUGUGUGUGUGUGUGUGUGUGUGUGUGUGUGUGUGUGUGUGUGUGUGUGUGUGUGUUCAUUGAGACGCUUCUCUGAGGAUGCGAGAGCAGAACAUGAACAUGAAGUCAGCCUGACGCUCUGAACACGCGUGUCCGUGAAACAAGAUGAACUUCCUCCUGGUCCUGCUCGUGUGUCACGUUUCUUCUGCAGCCAAACACACCCUCAAGUACUUCUACACCGCGACCACCGGCGUGCCAAACGUGCCCGGGUUCACGGGCAUUCUGGAGGUGAACGGGAAACUGGCUGUUUACUGCGACAGCAACACCAGGACCAUCGAGGCCAAGCAGGACUGGAUGCAGGACUACUUCAACAGAUACCCCGAGCACCUGGACUUCUACACCGGCCAGUGUGUGGCGGAGAUAGACUACUUCAAGGCCACCAUUGACACUCUGACCCAGCGCUUCAACCGGACGGGAGGUGUCCAUGUUUUGCAGAGGCUCAACGGCUGCGAGUGGGACGACGAGACCAACGAGGUGAAGUACGGCUAUAACCAGUACGGUUAUAACGGAGAGGACUUCAUAUCGUUCCACCUAGAUACGUUGACAUGGGUCGCACCGCAACCGCAGGCCUUCACCACCAAACUGAAAUGGGACGCAGACAGGCCGAGAAUCAAGUACAAUAAGGAUUACCUCACCAAGAUCUUCCCUGAUUGGCUGAAGAAGUAUGUGAAGCACGGGAAGAGUUCUCUGACAGGGACAGAGCUUCCCUCAGUGUCUCUCCUCCAGAAGACUCCCUCCUCUCCAGUCACCUGCCAUGCUACAGGUUUCUACCCUGACAGAGCCAUGAUGUUCUGGAGGAAAGAUGAGGAGGAGCUUCACGAGGGUGUGGACCACGGAGAGAUCCUCCCGAACGGUGAUGGAACCUUCCAGAUGAGCAUCGACCUGAACCUUUCGACAAUCUCACCUGAAGACCAGAGGAGGUGCGAGUGUGUGUUUCAUCUCUCUGGUGUCGAGAACGACAUCGUCACCAGACUGGACGACACGGAGAUCAUGAGCAACUCGGUGAAGCCCGGUCUCGUCAUCAUUGGCUCCGUCGCAGCUGUAUCGGCUCUCCUCCUCAUCGCCGUCAUCGUCAUCGCUGCCAUUGGAAUCUACCAUUACAGGAAGAGAACAGCCAAACCCUCCGAAUCUGAGACUCCUGGCGGUUCUGAGCUCUCUGUGAUGCUGAAUUCAGAGAAUCCUGAACAGCCGAGAGACGAAGAAUAAUCUCACGUGACGUGUUCGACUCGAUCAGCGCUCAGACUGAAAGGUGGCCUCCAUCGAAAGUCAUGUCCUUGAAAAGUGUGUUUCACUUCAUGAUUGUAGUUUCACGUCACACAUUUCUAACUGAUAUGUUCACACACCUUUUUUCUGAUUGUAUCAUUCAUUUCACAUUUAUGUAAUCGUGUGUUUACUUUCAUAAAUUUCCAACAUUUCUCGUGUGUUCGCUCGUUUUAUUACAUAUUUCUGUAAACACACUGAACAAAGUUCAUCAUUGAAACUAUUUACACACUAAAUAAUGUCUCAGACUAGUGGAAACACUCACAUUGAGUUGUUUUUGUCUUUUGAGUCUUAACAGUGUUACUUUUUUAUUAUGCAUAUGAGAAAAUCUGAUUUAUAGUUUGUACUUAUGACUGUCAUUAACUGACAGUGUUAACCUGCUGUGCUCCGAGCGUGCCUCGUGCUAACUCACCAAAGUCCUGACCGUCUUUCUCCAAACACAAACACACCGAGGACGAACGUCGUUAAACUUAAACUGACAAAUACUGAAAAACAGAAAUGUUGAAAGAUGUAAAUCUAUGAUGUAAAGAUUUGAGAUUUAAUUAUUUUUGCACUUGAGAAAAUGAAGUUAAUGUAUACGUAUAUUUAUGGUAUUGUCUAGGAGUUGUUUUUUUGUUUUUUUUUAAAUAUGCUAAUUUUUGAAAGAGUUUGGAUCAGCCAGUUAACCUGAGAAGAUACGAGGACAGAUAUCUGCUGUCAGUAGAUUUAUGAUACCCAUGCAGGGUCUAACUAUAAUAAUUUAACAUGCAAGUAUUGAAAUGUCCAAAUGGAAUUGAUUAUUUUUUAGUUUGUUCUUUGUGUUUGCUGCUGUUUUGGUUUUCAAUAAAAUUGCAGCUUUGA